AUGAAAAGCACUUUGGGUCUGUCGACGGUCCUGUUUAUCGUGGUAUUCGCAUGUGGCCUACACUCCGGCAGUUCGAAUAGCAGUUCCUCGCCCAAGAUCUGCGUCCUGAACAACUGCAACUGGAACUCGUCGACCAAUGCCUGUGCUCGCUAUGGAAGCUCCAAUCUGUGCAAUCGCUUCAGGAACAGCUGCGCCAUGCGAUAUGAAUCCUGCGUAUCUUCCAGUUCCGUCAAAUAUACGGCCGUCAGUCUGUCCCAAUGCUCUGGAAUCAGCGUGGGUUCCCGAGGAACCUGCGGCGGAUCAUCGUCCUCAUCCUCUUCUUCAUCCUCAAAUGUUAUACCUAUAAUCAUACGCAGAGGUUGA